AUGGCGGGGUCAUCAAAGAAACACCAUGACACGAGCAAACAAUACAGANUCAUGGCAAGAGCAGUCAUGCUGCCCAUCACAAAUUUCAAUCCUGGCACGCCUCGUCUUGAUGGCGUGGAGCCGCGUUUGAAGCAAAUGAUUGCCAACUCCGACGCUCUAGACAGUCAAGUGAGAAACAGGAUGUUCAAUGCCGCAUUCGCUCCCGAGGCCAUAAGGGCAAACGACACACGUCCAGAGAUCUCAGAACAGACGACGGCCGAAGUACUCACAGCCCUUGACUCGCUUCGCAGAGUUGGAGAAUACAAUGCCCGCGCAAAGGAGUCAAGGCAAUUCCUGAACGACACGCUUAGAAAGUACGACAAAUCUGGUGCUACUGCUGGAGCAGAACGCAGGAAGAGUGCUGGCCCAGCUCCUGUUGCACCGAUGAAGGCUGCCNCUGCUGCGGUUAUGGACGGCGUCAAACAACCACUUGCGGCACCGACUGCAGCACCGACUGCACCCAUGAUGAUUGCACCUUUGCCUGCACCCUCUGCAGCGCAGACGAUCCCAUACUCGGCGAAUCCCAACAUUGAUGCGAGCAGAGAUCCUAGAAGACGCUAG